ACGACGCGGCGCUGUCAGCUUUACGGCAGCGCGCAGCAACCGGCCGGUGCCGGCUCGGCGGAGGGCGAGCGGGGUAUGAGGCGGCAGGUCUUUCAGGCAAAGGGUUUUCCCUCCCAGCAUGUCCCACUUGGAUAAACUCUUUCUCCAAGUGGGUGAACAUGAUCCAUCGGCGCCUGGUUUAACGUCAUGUUGAUGAGCAAGCUAAGGGCUAUCCCAUCGUUAUUCCAGCAGAGUCUCAUCCUCACGCAUUCCAGUCGCUGGGGUUUUUUUAUCUCUUAAACUUAAUGCCAACCCCACCCUGGGGAGCAAAUCGCAGUGGAUUUGGUGUAGUUCCUCCGGCUUUUACUUGGCUGCCCCAUGAGACAUUGUGAAACGAAGCAGGGCUCAAGUCUGGCUGUGCAGAGCAGCUGCACACCUCCGGUUUGGGGAAUUUGUUGGGAAUUGAAAGGUUUGGGCAUUGUGUGUGCAUACAGGAAUUUGAAUGUGUUCCUUGAGUCCAGCCUUCAGGAUAUAUUGAACCUACCAAGGCUCUGCUCUUGUAUCAUACAGGAAUUAUAAUCUCUAGGCUACAGAGAUUGCUUAUGUUUAAUGAAAGAGUAGACAACUAUGCUUCUUUUCUGGCUGAGUUGUUUAGUUUUGCUCAACUUUCUUCUCUGGCUUUGUUAGGAGACAGAUAAAUACAGAGACUCAGGUGCAGGCGGCCCGGCCCAGCUCACGGUGAUAUGCAGAAUAUCCCUGUCUGAUCGUGCUACAUUAACAACCACCACUAUUAAAAGUGUUGACAUGGUAGCCAAAAUCUCUGUUUGCAGUAAAAAGGGAAUGGUCUCAUCAUUAAAACAUGAGGCCUUUUAUUCUUGUUUGUACAGUGAGCUCAGCCAAGCUGCCGAAAACUUGUCUGUCCAUCCUGCACUCUAGUAAAUAAUAAUUUGUCUUUCAGAUGUUUUCAUAUAUUUACCUUCAUAUUCUUUAAAUUUGGUACAAGAAUUUAGUGACGUGUUGCCUUCAAAUACUCCCUCUGGCUGUUCUUAGCACCUUUAAUUUAUUAAAAUAGACUCUAGGAAUCUGAUUCAUCCUUAAUUUAUACUCUUUGCUCCAUCGCUGCCUAUUCACACUCGGUGACUAAGGAGUUGCACUCCCUGGCUCUCGAGUGUUGCCUUUGGAGUGCAAGGCACCAAUUACAAGCAGAAGGAAGUCAGCUCUAAUGUUGUGAAAAGAACAGGUUUGGGUUAUUUUUGUGAGGGGUUACAAAACACAGGCGUUGCCUCGUGUCCUGGACACGAAGUGCUCCCAUCGGUGUAUGAAGCAAACUUGCACUAACGGCGGCAGCUCAUUUGUUAAACUGUUACAACCUCAAGACGAGAGAAACUUGAUGUCUUGCCAUGUUGAUGCAAGACAGCACCAUCUUCAAAUCCAUAAAUGAAUUGAGUGGUUUCAUCUCGGUUGGCUUGAUGAUAUUUUGAUUGAAAUGCUCCUUUUUCUCUCCCUGGUGUUCCCAUAUUAGCGCUCGAAACGGGGCAGUGAAUAUUCCUCCGAGGUACUGAGGGUUACACAGAGUUUGUCCAAAUUCCAACUGUGCAAAUAAAUAUGCAAAUCAAACGAACAACCAAGACUCUUGUUGGCAGCCUGUGACAAAUGUUCUGGGCCUGCAUCACUAUUUAUUCCUAUUUUGAUGAAAACUUCUGAACAGAGUGUGCCGGAGCCUCCAGGAAGCAAAACCUGGCUGUGUCUGAGCAGAGCUCCCUGGGAUCUGCAACUGGAUUUCAACACCCCCUAACAUCAGAGGUCCGAGAUCCACAUUCCAGCUUCUCUGUGGAUUCAUCUUGAGCUUUAAUGGGGAGGUUCUCCCAAGAGAAGGAGCCUCCCCAACAGCUUUUCCCAGCUCUGCUGUGCUUUCCCAGUCCUCACCACUUACCUUGAGUGGCUCUGAAAGGCAUCGCAGCCUGCAAAGGGUUUUCCUUUAAGCUGUGUGCUGCACGUGGUGAGUCACCCUGCACAACUCACAAUCAGCUUCACAAAUACCAGAUGGCAAUAAAAUUAAAAGUAGUAGUUAGUGGCAAUUAAGCAUUUGCUGUAACCAUUCUCCCUUCCUGACUGUAGGAAGCUGCCAAAUGUCUCUUUUUCUCUCUUUUUUUUCAUCAACUGAAAAAAUCACCCAAAUGAUGUUCCUGCAGAGUGGAAAAUGAACAGAACACGGGACACAUGCUUCCUUCCCUAGCCUAUAAUCCCACUUGGACUGGAGCAGAAAGCUGUUUACUGCUUCAUACAACCCUAGGAGAAGCUGAAGCAGAAAACCCACGCAGUAAAGGAAAAUGUGGGGCUUUUUAUGGGCACGUGCCAGAAGUGACCCCAUUAAACCCACUCUUUACACAAGAGUAUUUUUAGGCAUGCUACGGAGUUGCUGGGACUUGGUCUGGGGUUUGGUUUGUUUUUCUGCUGCAGGCUGUUGUAAAGGAUUUGCUCCACAAACUUGGAAAUAGUUUAUGAGUUCAUUAACGGAGGAAGCACGUCCAAAUACCAUUGUGUUUGGCUCAGUACAAAUACCAGUGACUGCUCCCCUUCCUCUGCAAUGACUCUUGCUGCUUGGCAUCUCCUGGAUCCAUCAGCUGUACACAACCAGUUAUUAGCUUUUUCAAGCCCCAGAUACUCUCCCUCAGCCCUUCCUUCCGACAUGUUACACAUGCAGCAUGCUUCAUACUUUCGGGUAUUGACAAAUCGCAUGUGAUGUGACCUUGCCAAGAUGUUUUAGGGAUAAAUCUCUCUUAAUUUAUGCAUACCUGGCCAGGAAUGAUAGUUUUUCAUGAUUCACACUGCGAUAAGAGGCACCAAUCUACUUCUUCCUAACAUGUAAACAACAUAACUUGAUCUUUUUUGUUUCCCCCUAUUUAUAGAGAAUCAUAUUUAGAUGAUCUUAUCAUUGCUCGUUUUCACACGGUGCCUUAGGAAAUCCGAAGAUGUUUUCAUGCUGCUCUUGGCACAGAUGAGGAAAGGAUGAGGCCAAAUCACGUCACGUUACCGCUGCCCCUGCGUGCAGCAUUUCUAGCCCUUCCCUGGCAGGGAGAGAAGUUAUCAGGGGCUGAUAGUGCAGCACAGCAGCUGAGGAGCCCAGGCAAGAGGAAAACCAGGGCUGAUACAGGGGGUUUAAAUCAUCAGUUUCUCUUCAGAAGAUCUCCAUCUAAAUCCUAGUCCAGUGCUGGAGAGUGUUUUGUGUUGUCUGUUGAUCAGCAUGUCCUGGUGCUCUGAAACACGCUUUAAUCCCCCUGCGAUAUGACGGCAGCAAAUGCAGCAGCUUCUGAAAAGGAGUUAUGUAAGACAGGAUGCUCUUAAGGUUCUUUCCUAACCAUUCUGUGAUUCCAUGGCUGCUAGGAAGACCAGAAUUAGUGGAUACUCAGACAGAUAACCUGAUAAAGGGAAACAAGUCGGUGUCAGGAGAAGUCUUGUCUGGAAGUCCCUUGAGUACGUCCUCAAAUGCAUGAGUGCUACAGUCUACUUGGAUUUCCAGGUUCCCUUCUGAGGAUAAGCAGCCUCUGUUUGUGGAAAGCAGGUGCAGAUUAAGACGGAAGAAGGUAGCCUGGACAAAUAGCAAAGUAAAAGAUUGGAAAAGCAGUCACUUCUGCUCGCAGGUGGACAUCACCAGUGGAAGGCUGCAGACAUCUUCACCCCUCAGCGCACCCACAAGUGCUUUCUCCUUCUGUGAGCAAAAUUUGAGCAAGUUAAAACCCGAGCUAAAACAACAAUAGGUGUUUUGCAGCCCAGCCAGCUUCAGUGGCACUUGAGUUAUUGAAAUCUCUACCAGCAAGGUUGUCCUAAAGAUUCCCACGGUAGGGAACUGCUUUGUUUUGCUUUGUUUCUCUUUCCUCCUCACUGCCUGGCCUCCUGUGCUGGCGGGCCAGCAGGUUUUCCUGGAACAAGUCAUGCGUCUGGCACCGAGCUGUGGCACUAUCUGCUGGGUGAAAGGGACCAUCUGCCUCUCAGACAGCCCUGAAAGGCUUUUAUUUAUGGAAUACCAGUGAUGCAAAGAGUUCCAGCGAUUGCCACUGUGCAGGUAAAGCACUGAAACACCAAGGUACCAGCUGACUUCUCCUCGAUCACGUAUGGUUUCUGCUCUAAGCCCAGAACCGAAGGCAUGCCUGCAGUUCCCCAGCAGGAACUGCUUUGAAAUCACUUCGCUUUGAGGUUAAGAUCAUAAUGAUGAAACACUUAUCUAAUUGGAGCCACACACUGCUCCUAGAGCAGCCAAAGAGCCCGCCUCGACCCAUCACACACUGCAGAUGAGGAGCUGUUAUCCUCUGUCUGCUCCUCUGGCAGAUGGUUUAAACACUGGUCCUUCAAAUACCCAUCUGGGAAACCCAGGCUUUUGCUCCCCGCUUCCUGAGAAGGACCUCGAGGUGUUUGUUGAGCUGUAUCUUGUCCCAGGCAUGACCCAAUUCCUUAAUUCCUCUUCCCUUUCUACGUUUCAGCUUCCAAGGUUGCCUGGAGUGCUGUGGCCCGGACCAAUGCAGGAUGGACCCUGUUGUUCUCAGUUACAUGGACAGUUUGCUGAGGCAGUCGGACGUGGCCUUGCUGGAGCCCCCAAACUGGCUCAAUGAUCACAUCAUCGGGUUUGCCUUUGAGUACUUCGCCAACCACCAGUUCCAAGAGUUUAGUGAUCAGGUUUGUUUUAUCAGCCCCGAAGUGGCUCAGUUCAUUAAAUGUGCCCUUAGUCAGGAAGAAAUAGCCAUAUUCCUUCAACCGCUGGACCUUCUCCACAAGAAGCUGGUGUUCUUGCCUAUCAAUGACAACUCCAACCAGGUCGCUGGGGGCACCCACUGGAGCUUACUGGUUUAUUUCAGGGACAAAAAGUGCUUUGCCCAUUAUGAUUCCCACAGUAAAUGCAACUCUGUCCACGCCAAGCAAGUGGCAGGGAAGCUGGAGGCCUUCUUGGGCAAAAAAGGGGGCAAAGCAACCUUUGUGGAGGAGAAGGCGCCUGCCCAGCAGAACAGCUAUGACUGUGGGAUGUACGUGAUCUGCAACACGGAGGCUCUGUGUCAGGGAUACUUCAGAGGCUGGCCAGAGCCUUUGCUGCAGCUCCUCACCCCCUCCUACAUCACGCAGAAGAGAUCGGAGUGGAAAGCUCUCAUCAUGAAACUGGCACAGAAGUGAUGGAAAUGCAGCUCCAGCCCGCCAAGAACUGCCUUCCCCAUCCACGAGGCAGCACCCCCAGUGCCUGAGGGAAAUGCCCAUGCACACGAUUGGCCCAAAGAAGAAGAAUGUAACCCCUCCAGCAUGGCUAGACCCCCAAACACCCCUUUCCUCCUGGAAAAGCCUUAGUCUCCUCUGGAAAUCACUGGCCUUCGAACUUGUAACGUGAAAAGUCACUUUGCUCUCAAAGAAAAUCCUCCUCUCGUGGUGAAGUUUUACACUAAUUGCUGUGGCAAAACGGGUUAUUGCUAAAGAGACUUCUCCACCUUUUGCCCAGCAGACACCAUGCCCUCAUUAGGUGGCUUUAACUGGCCACAGGCAUUGCUGCUCCAAGCCAAGUUUAGCAAAUGCCCUUUAAAACCAAGCCCCCAAAUGCUUUCUCACAGCUACUUCUAAUCUGUGCCUCCCGCUAGCAGCAUUCCAGCAGUCUGGGAUUGAGCAGCAAGGAUUUGGUUUACCCCCAAAAACCUGAUACUGAGAUGUGACCUGUCAAAAGAUGAGACUCCAAAGGAAAUGCCACGAUUAAUUAAGGAGCCAGGCAAAAAGAGAAUCACUUUUCUUCAGAUAGGUGCUCCUAAGCUGUAGCUUUUUUCUGUCCCCCGCCUUGCUCUUACUACAAAUUAAAACCUGACUCUAAGCUGCUGGAAGAUUAACAGGAAGCUGAGAAACCCAAUCCUAGGAAAGGUAACUUGACUGAGAUGAAAAGCAACACUCACUCUUUGAAGUCUGUGCUUUUUCAUUAGGAUUUCAGGUCCUCUCCACUUGGGGAGGUUCCUCAGUGCUCCCCAGCCCUCGCUGGCGUUCACAGCACUCAGGUGCUGCUUCCUCCAGCACAAAACCCGUUCUGUUACUUGAGAUAAAAAAAAAACCCCACACCAGGGAGAACAAAAGGACAGAGUUUGAGUUACAAAAGCCAAAGAUAACUGCGGUCUCCUUGAAGCCCAAGAAGUCCUUAAUGCCCUUCAAACCGAAACACUUUCCCUCCUGUGCUGGCCAGUGGCUGGGAUCUCCCAGCAGAUCCUCUUGUGAAAAGAUGGGCUUAGAAGUAAAGAAAAUAAAGAUUAGUCUGGGAUGUUGUUGCAGGAUAAGGAAUAAGCUCUACCCUCAUGAGGAGCCACGAGCAGGUUGCUCAGGUGGUGUCUAGCAGAGCAACCACACCGCAGCGUGCCGGCUGCAGCAGGGAAAUGAGGUUAACCAGAGCCCUCGGAAUAGGGAAGGGGAAGGAUUGUUUUUACCCUGGAGCUCUUCACCCAGCACACUGCCAGCCCAGGCCCACCAGUGUGUGUGUACCAGCACCAUGGCAAUGAACUUUAGGAAGGGCUUAAACUUCCCUUGUUGCUAAGAGAAAGGUAAGUAGGCACAGCCAGGCUCUUCCAAAACACCCGAGGAAACACACAGUGCCAGCAGUGGGGUGAAGUGAGGGUUGGGGUCAUUCCCUUCCUUCCUGCAGUGCCACCAGUGGGUCAGGGCAUCCCAUCCAUCCUUUCCAGACUCCCUGGAAAACCCCUUCUGUGCUCUGGUGGAGCUGAAAACCCUGGAGAGGGUUGAAACGGGAUGGAGCCUCUUGCCGAAGGGGAUUCACUUUGGACUCUGUGGCUUUGCUGGAGCAAUGUCACUGCUGCUCCAGGUCCAGAAUAAAACUCAAACCAAACUGA